AGUUUCCUUCAUCGACAAUCGCCAGUCGUUGCUCAAGACAGUUAGUUACGAAAGUGCUAUUUACGUACGCAUUUGCGGCGUUAACUUAUAACGAUGACGAAUGGAAACAAUGACAAAAUAGUACUUGAAUCGAUAAGAUCUAAACCAGAGAUUCAACUUAGCGAUUCUACUGAAAAUAUAAACUCUGAAGAUAAAAAUUCGAGUUGCAGCACUCGACAUGUAAUCAUUUCUGUACUGGAUGUAAUUAAUCAUACAUUGAUUAUUAUGGUGACGAUAUAUCUUAUAUAUCGCACAUUGAAGGCAAAAUAUACCAUAACAAGCAUACAUUUGAUCCUCUGCACUAUCGGUUACGUCCUGCUGAUGUCGGAAGCCAUUAUCGUCCUGGCAGGUGACAACGUUCUGACCGGUCGCUGGUCGCGCCGUGCCAACAAGCACCUUCACUGGGUUCUGCAGGCUAUCGGGCUAAUCUUCAAUCUUGUCGGUGUGGGUAUAAUGUACAAUGCCAAAACAGCACACUUUCGUUCGAUUCACGGCAUCACGGGCAUCUCCUCGCUGGUCAUCGUAUGUGCGGUAACAGUUUUCGGAUAUCCAGUAUGGAUCGCGUGGAAGCUUCGUAAAUUCGUACGACCGGUGAUCACCAAAUUCCUUCACAAUUUUCUCGGCACCGCCGGUUUUGUCAUCGGUAUGGUUUCGCAGUGUUACGCUUACACAAAAGGGUGGUUGUACGAAGCGUCGCAGACGGAGCAUGAUGUCCUACUCGCUCUUACGGUGCUGAUUACAAUAUUAUCCCUGCGAGGCUCGCUCGUUUCUCUUUGUAGGCAGGCCGUUGGUUCCUUGACAUAAAUUUAUCCUCCCAUUUCAUAUGAGAAUGUCGGCAUGCGAAAUCUUUCCUUUGAGAGAUCUAAGGUUAUUUAUUCUUUAUACAAUUAGAAUAAUAGUAUAACCAAAUUGCUAAUUUCUUUAUCAUCGGUUUAAUGAAAUAAUAGUUUCUUAUGUAAUAUUUGAUAGAAUAUGUAUAUAAUAUGUAUAUAAUAAUAUAAUAUAUAUAUUAAUUAAAAGAACGUAGAUUAGAUAAAUAUUAGACAGUUGAUAUUUAUCGUUAGAAGCUGGCUUGAAUCUAAAGAUUUUUGAAAAUCUUGUAUAUAAUGUGGAAAUCAUCAAUGCCGGUAAAGAUCUGAACUUUCAACAAAAAGUUUGAAAUAUAAAAUAAUAAAAGUAAA